ACUGGCUGGCUGGAGCGCCAGACCACCAUGCAUAUAUCCAUUGUGUAGAGUGGAUCGAGAAAUACUCUCGUCCAGGCAAAAAAAAAAAUAAAAAUAAAAAAAAAUAGUGGAGAAAAAGCCGAAAAACAAGGACAAAAUGAAACCGUUACACGCUCAGCAAGCUCAACCAAAAAACCGAAAAAGAAUCCUCGUAACUUUCCAUAAUGUGCAACGCGCGUGAAAAUUCGUCCUUAGCGCGGCGUGAAAAAUAUGCGAGCACAACAGUAAUGACAUUGAAAUGGCGACAGAAAUACAAAAGCAGAAAAAGGCCAAAGAAACUGAAACAACGAAUACUUGCAACAAACACUGCCCCAGCAACACCAACAACUGCAACAACAAAAGCAACAUUAAACAGCAGACUGAGAGAAACGGGAAGCAAACAGAAGAAGCAACAACACACAAAAUGGCUGCCAAAUGAGCGACAACGAAACGUCGCAAAAAUGUUGCAAGUUCUGCAAAAGACACAUCCAACACAAUGUCACGCAAUUAAAGCAACAGGAAGAGCAGCAGCAUCCACAAUGACUUCCAGCUGGUUGCAACACCAGCAGCAACAGAAACAACAACUGCAACAGAUACAUCAGCGGCGACAUCCACUUCCGGCGCUAGCGUCGACCUCGACGUCAACCCUUACGCUGCUGCUCUGUUUGGGCCUCAGUUUGGGCCUGGCUGCCACAGCGGUGGCAGCAGCAGGCUCGGGGGCAGGUACCGGAUCCGGAGCCGGAUCCGGGGCAACAGCUGGCUCCUUCUCCUCCCCAUCGUCCGGACUGGGCAAACCUGCCAAUUUGCAAAUGGCUCCCAACUCCGCUCCUGCCGGCUGCUCCCUCGCCGAGUUCAGCUGCUCCAAUGGGCGGUGUGUACCGCUCAGCAAGUACUGCAAUAACGCCAACGACUGCGGCGACGGCAGCGAUGAGCCGCGAUUUUGCACACGUUGUAAUCGCACCUACUACGGGGACAUCGGACAGACCUACGCCUUGGAGUUGCAUCGUCCCAAGCAGGAUCGUGUGCCCUUUGUGUGUGUGCUCACGUUUACGGCGGCAGGAGGCCAGCACGGAGAUGUGGUGCAGGUCACGCUGGACAGCUUCACGAUUGGCAGGUUUACCUCGUACGUGCACGAGGGCUGUCCGGACGGAUACAUGCAGAUUGCGGAAUCGGCCAGGACACCCAUCGGCGGCAUGUGGUGCGGCACAUCCUGGGGCCCGGUGCUCUUCUACAGCGAAACCCGCUCCCUCAUCUUUACCAUCCGGCUGAACAGACUGGCCAGGGACCAGAGCGGCUACAACUUUGACUUUCGCAUCAGAUACAAGGUCCUGUCCAGGGACAGUUCGGUGACCCGAUACGGUGGCAUUAAGCUGGCAGAGCUCGCCCAGUGGCAUAAUCGCAGCAGCUUUCUCAGCCAGCAGCAGCAACAGCAGCAGGCCGGGGGCAGCCUGGAGGACUUCACCAACUCGAGUGGCGCUCGCUCGGAUCGGUACGGACAGGACUUUAGCCUGUUCAGUGCGUAUGCCAACAACAAGACCUUCAUGGACUCGCUGGAGAAGUCGCUGGCGAAGGACGAGCAGAACUACACUGAGCCAAAAUACUACCUGGGUGACCUUAUUCCGGGGACCUACUGCUCCAGGAUCUUCAGCGACUGCGACAAGAAGGCCUGUCGCCUGCAGUCGCCCAACUUCCCGGGCAUCUACCCCCGCAACCUCACCUGCUACUACGCAGUGCGACAGCACGACGUGCCCCACGGAAAGCACGCCCUGAUUCUAGUCAAGCAGCCCAAGGGCAAUCUGGUCUGGAUCUCCACCCAGGAAACGGCCACGGCUAACAAAAUGGCCCCGCCGCCCAGUGCCAGCGACAAGGAUAAGAAAUUCGAACCGAGGCUAAAAACAUGGAAUGACUGCGAUUACAUUCAGGAAAAUGUAAAGCCCAAAUGGAAAUCCACGGACUACGUGACCGUGUACGACGGCUACACCACACGUGACCCCAUCAUAUUGAAGUUCUGCGGCGGCGGUCAGGCCGUGCCGGCGGCGGUUUCAAGUGGCCCGGAGCUUCUGGUCGAGUUCAGCACGUCCCCGUUUGGCACCUUUACCGGCACCUCCUCCCAGGUGCUGCCCCUCUACGGAUUCCAGCUGGAGGUGGAGGUUCAAUUCGUCGACAUUCAGAGUCCCACUUACUCGAAAAACAAGAAACCGUGCGAGUUUUGGAUUCGUGGAGCAGGUCGUGGCAUUCUGGAGAACCCCAAGCACUCGCUGGCUCCCAACUCCACCUGCUUGUACCAUCUGCAGGGUCUUGGGGUCUUUAAGACCUUUGACCACUUGAGUCUAUCCCGCCGGACGAGCAGUCAGUCGGGAAUGCAUCAACCCCUGUCCCGGUUCAAGGUCUGGAUAUCCGUUUUAAAGUUCAAUCUGGAUCCCGAAUUCGGGAAUAUCGAUGAGACCUCGGUAGGGGCUAUUGGAGUGCUGCAGACCCAGGAGGAUUGCAGCGGUAUGCUACGCAUUUGGGAUGGAACACUCAGGGAUGCUCCUGUUUGCAAGGAUUUGAAUUGUGCCACUGAAACUACAAGCUACAGCAGCUUAGGACACUAUGCCACCCAAAAUACCACCAAUGUCAUCGCCCGCUUCUGUCGGGGCACCAUUCCCAGGACCUGUGAUAGAUCCAACAUUAAUGAGACCUACGCCCGACCCUGCACCAUUUCCGAGAGCUAUGUCUCCAGCAGUGAUGCCAUCACCUUGGAGCUACGCAACACGGAAUCCACAGCCCUUAGACCCCUGGAUUUUAAGCUGAAAUACGAGUUCAUUGACCUCCAUCAGGAUGGUCUACCCUGGGGUGGCGGCGAACACGAUUGCAAUCGGAAAUUCCUCAGCAACAUGAUGGAUCGCAAGGAUCCUGCCAUUUUCCGGAGUGUACGGAAUAUAUUUUUAUUCGGAAGAGGUGGCACCAGGAACCUUAAAUGUAUCUACAAGUUUGAGGCCCAGAGGGGCGAAAGGGUCAGGAUCAAGUUACGAAAAGUAACAACCACCAAUCGACCUUGUUACUCCAAAGUAGACGAGGACAUCAACAGGUCCUUCUGCUACGGAGAUACCAAUGUUAGAAUAGAGAUCUUUGAAAGACCCUAUCAUGACUCCAUACUGCUGCAUCGUGGUUGCAUGUGCAACUCCUCCAACCAAUCCCACCUGCCCGUGGAGUAUACUUCCACAAGUCGCGACGUGGAGGUCCAUUUCAUAGCCCAGAACAUGACCACCUUGGACGACCCCGAUACGGUCAACUUUGAGGGAAUGUUUGAGUUUGUAAAGGCUCCGACCAGCUGCAAAGAUGGACGCAGGAAGUUCGGACCCAGUGGCACCAUAGACAUGACCUUUGGAGAUAUCGAAUGCCGAUCGAGACCUUGGCUAAUUGAACCCUCCAAUGGCAAUAAGUUCUUGUAUGUCCGUCUCAAGGCCAUCUUCCUGAGCAAACACAAUCCCCUGAAGACCCUAAACACCACCUAUGUCCAUACCGACACCUGGAGAUGUGAGACCAAGUCGAGAGCAGUCCUAACCACGUCGGAAGGUUUAACCAUUGUGGCCUGCCCACUGAGUCCCGAUUCGAGUGCUUAUGAGUUCGUGGAGAUCUUUAGCUCGGGCUGGAACGAAAGACCCAACUUUGCCCUCAUCAACCGAUCUCGUGCCAUCAGCGUGGAGUUCCUGCGACCCGGCAAUGGGGAGUACUCCUUCAACUGGAUGGAGCUUGUCCCCAGACCCACUCUCAGCAUGGCGGAGGACUGUCAGUUCAAGUGCGCCGAACUGGGCGCCUGUGUGAACGCCAGUGUCUGGUGCGAUGGCGUCGUCCACUGUCCGUCCGGCGAUGAUGAAGCCUUCCUCCAGUGCUCCGCUUUGAUGAAGCUACCAGCCGAAAUCCUGGCCACCCUUUGCCUAAUCUUUGUACUCUCGUGUUGUGCAUUUGCUGCCUUUGCUUACAAAAAAAUCAAACGCAAGCUGCGUGGCUCCUCGGUGCUGCAGACGCGACUGAAGUCACUCAGCUCCAUGGACACGGCGGUGUUGGAUGAAAAGGAGGUGAUUUGCUGACAAAGCGACAAUUCUGUGCGUUACGUGGAGAUCGAUCGUGUAACCACGGUCUGAUGCUCGACGACCAGUAACGUGCAGAAUUGUGCCCCGGAACAGACACCGCCACAACAAGAAUACCAAGAAACAGAAACAGAAAUCACAACCACAACUAACGCGACUGCGAAACGCAACAAUGAAACGAUCAAGAAACCAAACCCGAACCCAAACAAACAAAAAGGCAACACUUUUUCGAAAUCAAAACCAAUACCAAAAUCAAAAUCGUUCACCUGUUUUUUAAACUGCAUUUAUAAGAAAGUUAAUAAUGAUGAUGAUGAUGAUGAUGAGAAGGAGAGAUCCUUUGCUAGAGUUUGCAGGAUUUCAUUGAUUCUAUUUCGUAUUGACCUCUAUUUUAUAGAUCACAAGACUCGAAUGACUCGGAUGUUCUUUUUUAGUGUCGCGCAAUUUUAUAAGCAAUUUUCUAGGCCUAGGGUUUUUCGUAUGUAUUUUCGAUAUGAUUUCCCAACUUGACCCAAGAACAAUCACACACACACUGUACAUACGAACGAUUGCGUAACACAAAAGGACAGCAACGAGAACGAGAACAAGGACCAGGACCAGAAACAGAAACAGGACUAAUUCUGACUAGUUAAAACUUCCAUUAGAUUCGUUUCUUUGGUUCUUACAGAGUACUCAUAGACCUAUGUAGAUACAACUGUUUCCUAAUAGCCUUUAAGUGUAUCGUACUAUGCUAAUCAAACUGACUAAAAGCGGAAAGGAUCAGAAUGGAUCAGAGGAUCAUAGCAUCAUAGGAUCAUAGGAUGAUAGAAGGGGUUAGAUUUUUUCGGGGAAUGUUUCAGAAACUCCCACAGCAUUUAUUAUGCGGCGCACAAAACCAAGAAUAAGUCGAGGAAUAAAACCAAUUAAUAAAAAUGAUGAGAAGCUGGAGAUUGAACCGACAAUGGCAGGCGUAGAUCGUAAGUGAAGUAUGUUUUACAUUUUAAGAUUGAUGGAUGCAUCGUAAACGUAAAUUAGUCGCCAGAUAGAGGAAAGGGGGUAAUAAGAGCGGUUAGUCGGAUAUGUCAAUAUAUAUAUAUAUAUACAUAUAUA